AUGUCCGUUGACACCCAAGACAAGUGUGCCGAAUCCACUCGCCCCUUUGCCGCCGAGUCCCUCUCCGCUGAUCAUCCCGAUCACAAUGAUGCCUCUUCCGACAGCGCCGAGGAUGUUCUCGAGCUUGUGUCCAACACUCUGGAUAUCGGCCACAAACCUUCCCCCGAGUUGAUCAAGAAGUACCAGUUAUACAUGGUUUACAAUGUCGACCGCGUGUGCGAUACUGGAGACGUGGAAGAACUGAAGAUUGAGAAGGACAUGGCCUCCGUGUUGGCGAAGUUAUUGCGGGACGGUGUUGAGAAGGUAGAGGAAAAGCUUGAGGAGUUUGGUCUUUACUGGCGAUAG